AUGUUCAGCAAAGUGGUAGCUCUGUGCGGUUUAGUAGCGGUGUGCCAGGCUGGUCUCCUGCCCGCCCCUGUGCAUUAUUCCUCUGCUGCCGCUGUCUCCUCCCAGAACAUCGUGCGUCACGACCAGUCUGCCCAAAACGUCGCCGUCGCAGCUCCAAUUGCUUACCACGCCGCUCCUGCUGCCGUCGCCUACCAUGCUGCCCCUGCUCACUACUCUUCAGCUGCUGCCGUAUCAUCUCAAAACAUUGUGCGUCAUGACCAGCCAGCUCAACGUGUAGCGGUCGCUGCCCCAGCUGUGGCUUACCACGCUGCUCCUGCCGUCGCAUACCACGCCGCCCCCGCUGUGGCCUACCACGCAGCUCCCGUCGUAGCUCAAGCUGAAGAGUUCGACGCUCACCCCAAAUACGAGUACAACUACUCCGUAGCUGACAGCCACAGCGGUGACAACAAGUCCCAGCAGGAGUCUCGCGACGGUGACGUCGUGAAGGGCUCGUACUCCUUCCACGAAGCCGACGGCUCCGUCAGGACUGUGGAGUACUCCGCCGACGACCACAGCGGCUUCAACGCCGUGGUGCACAACUCCGCGCCCACUGCCGCUCCCGUGCACGUUGCUCCCGCUCACUACAUCCACCACUAA